CGCCGGUCGCCCUUUCUCCCUCGACCGACUGCCGAGCACGCCAUGAGAUUCUUGCGGCCUCGCGGACUCGAGGACGGCGGCCGCGGGAUCGCCGCCGCCCUCGCCAACGGAAUCCUCGAUUGCAAAUGCGCCGGCGGAGGAUCGCUUCCUCGUCGCACCUCCAGGUCCAUCGCCACCAGCUGCAGGGCCGUGCUGUUGCCGCGGUUCGGCGGGCCGGAGGUGCUGCAGCUCCGCGACAAUGUCGAGGUCCCUGAUCUUAAGCAGAACGAGGUCCUCGUCCGCGCGCGCGCCGUGUCCAUCAAUCCGCUCGAUACUAGAAUGCGUUCUGGUUACGGUCGCUCAAUAUUUGAGCCACUUCUACCUAUCAUCUUGGGCCGCGAUAUCAGUGGAGAGGUUGCAGCAGUCGGAGCUUCAGUUCGGUCUUUAACUGUAGGCCAGGAAGUUUUUGGUGCAUUGCAUCCUACUGCUGUUAGGGGCACUUACACUGACUAUGCAAUAUUGUUGGAAGAUGAACUUACUCAAAAACCAAAGUCAAUCACGCAUGAGGAAGCGUCGGCCAUCCCUUUUGCUGCACUGACUGCAUGGAGAGCUUUAAAAACUACUGCUAGGAUAAGUGAAGGGCAAAGGGUGCUAGUUAUUGGAGGUGGAGGUGCAGUAGGUUUUGCAGCAAUUCAGCUUGCAGUGGCUAAUGGAUGUCAAGUUGUAACCACUUGUGGCAGUCAAAGUGUUGAUCGGUGUUUGGCAGGUGGUGCUGAGCAGGCUGUUGACUACACAGCUGAGGACAUCGAAUUGGCAAUAAAAGGGAAGUUUGAUGCGGUUUUGGAUACUAUAGGUGGACCAGAGACCGAGAGAAUAGGCAUUAAUUUUUUGAGAAGAGGUGGACACUAUAUGACACUUCAGGGGGAAGCGGCAUCAUUAGCUGAUAGAUAUGGAUUAGCCGUUGGGCUCCCUGCAGCUACAGCAAUAUUACUAAAGAAACAAUUUCAGUACCGCUACUCUCAUGGAAUAGAAUACUUUUGGACAUUCAUGAGGGCUGACUCCGAAGGUUUAGUGGAGAUCCGCAGGCUAUCUGAAGCCGGGAGGUUUCAUAUACCCGUCGAUAAAACAUUCCCAAUCACACAAGUGAGGGAGGCUCACGAGGCUAAAGAGAGAAAGCAAAUUCCCGGAAAGGUGGUACUGGAAGUUGACUGAAAUAUGGAGAAGUUAAUUUUUUUUGCUACUCUUUGUAAAUGGUUCUGUACUUUUUUCGUUUUAAUCGAACACAAUUCUCGAUAAUUAUUCAUUGACCUGGUACCUGUAAAUAUGCGAGCACAUUUUUUAUAGAUAAA